ACUCAAUGUUUGGAUGUUUUGAUGAUUUGUUUGUUUCGUUGAACUAAUCAUUAGUUUAUAUUUAGUGUCAAAAAGCGUUUCAUUGAAUCCAUGGAUAAAAUUGACUUAACGGCUUUUUCUGACCACAACUUCGAUGCCAUCGAUUGGAUCAACGGGUGGUUCGCCAGCAUUGAGGACAAGUCGGCCACCGAGACGUUGGCCACGAAUCUGGUGUUCAAUCUUCAGCUUCUGGUGCAAGAAGUGAACAACUCUUUGGGCGAAUCCGCGCAACAAAUGAUCCAUAAUUUGCCGAAAGUCUUGAGAGACGCCGAAACACUUCACGCGGACUCCGUUGAGCUGAAGAGGCAAAUGGUGUCCAACAAAGAAAAGCUGCACAAAAUGUCUUUGGAGUCAUCGAAGUCGAUGGAACGGCUCAUGGCUUUGGAUGUGAUUAAGACACGGAUGACCGACACGUGUAAAGCGCUGGAAGAGGCCGACAAUUGGACCACUCUUUGGACAGAUGUGGAGGAAGUGUUUGUGAGCGGAGACGUGUCGGCCAUCGCAUCCAAGUUAGUGGGAAUGCAAAGCAGUUUAGAUAUCCUCAUCGAUGUCACCGAUUAUGAACAGCGAGUUCAGCGACUGGAAGCGCUUAAAGACAAGUUUGAGGCAAUGAUUGAGUCCCAAGUCGUCAAUAGUUUUAUGUCUCAGACCACAGAUUCGGCACAUCUUUACGUCAAACUCUUUAAAGAUAUGAAACGAAUGCCUAAACUCAAGAGUUAUUAUCAUAAGUGCCUUAAAAAUCAGAUUCUUAUGGAGUGGAAGCGAAUCAUUGUUUUAGAUCCCGAAGAGAGUGUUAUCGAUUGGAUGAAUGGUUUGCAUGACUUUCUGUUGUCUUUAUGGCACUCACAGAUCACUUUCUGCUCGCAAAUACUAUUUCCCAGUGAUUUCGAGACCACAAUCGAGACUUUAAGUGAUAUAUUGGUCGAUGUCUUCUCAUCACUUGAUCCAAGUCUAACGCAUUGUAUCAAUGAAUGGAUUGGAAAGCAAAGCAAUCCAUUAGAAAGCGUUCACUUCAUUAUAGAUAUGAAACAAUUCACUCAUCAGUUCUGUAAGAGUAUUGAACUCAGUAUUGAAUCCAACCUUUCGGUCAAAUGUCUGCACAAACCAAGCGUUCAAUUAUUGGCUCAAGUCUUGUACUCUCCGUUCCAACAGUUGAUGGAUAAGUACAUCGAUUUGGAAAAGCAAUGUCUGGACCAACACCUCGAGGUUCUCGAGUCCAUUGGACAGCCGAGUGAGUCGUUGAGCAAAGCGUUUGCUUUCGCCAAAGAAGUGGAGAAACGGUGUCACCAGUUGUGCCAAUCAGUUGCCAUUCCACUACUUCUACCGGUUCUGCAAAACUAUUUCAAACAAUAUUUAUCUCAUUUCAAGUCAAUUGUCAAUCAAAUCCGAGAGAAGUCUGAUUCAGUAGAGAACAAGUCAUCGAUUCCAGACUUUUCUCUCUUCCAGUUGUCUCUCUUCACACUUCAAGCCAGCGGUGAACUCAUUGUCCAAACGGAGCUCUUCCAGCAACAGCUCUACACUGGACUCAUGGAAAUGGCCACAAAAGUUGGACCCAAUUCUGGUGAAGACACCAGCAGUCCAUUCACUCGUUUCGAUCAACUCAUACUAAAUCCGAAUAAUCGCAAAGAAUUAAUGAAUUUGUUGGACGUCUUGAUUGGCAGCGAAAGUGCGGCCAUUAUUCUGGAGUCAGUUGUGGAGGAAUGCAAACACAUCUGUUCGAUGAGCGCAUCGCUGGUCAUCGACUGUGCGCUCAAUUACAUCCAAAACCAUUUGAAUGAUGUCUUGAAACUGGUGUCGGAAUCGUUCAAAGAGAACGCCAUGAGCUGUGAGGAGGAAGACAUGCAUUCUUUCAGUCUGUCUCCACAGGAAUACAUCACUCAAAUCGGACAGUAUUUGCUGACAAUUCCUCAGCAUUUGGAGCCAUUCGUGUUGGAGGAGAACAUCGCCUUCAAAGUGUCCCUCAAAUACAGUCGACUCAAUAGGAACUACAGCUUCGAGCCGACCGUCAGCGACAAUAACGGCGCCGAAUAUCUCUUGGAUUGUAUGACACAGAGAGCGGUCGACGCAUACAUUAACAUAAUUAUGAAACUCAAGAAAAUCAAUAAUUUCGCGAAACAACAGCUCAUCACUGAUAUCAGCUAUUUGUGCGACGUUUUGGACGACUUGGGUCUCACUCCCGGACAACAGUUUCAACUAUUGCUGAAACUAUUGAAAGCCACUCCACAAGAGUUUCAAUCCAUUAAACAAAACAAUAAUUCAAUGUUUGUUAAGGCGAUUGAAUCGCUUCUCUCGAAAGGCGCUUAAAUUCAUACAUAUUUUGGGAUUAAAUAAACUUUUAAUAUAUUUAUUACACUUAAAA